AUGAUGCUUACCCAGUUUGCGAUUGAGUAUAAGCCGCGCCCUGCCAUCAAAGCUCAAGCGUUGGCGGACUUCAUUGUUGAGUGUACCGCGCGGGACCCGGAGCCCGACCGCCCGACCGCCUUGGAGGAACCAUGGUGGGAAGCCUCUACUGACGGGUCGUCCAGCAAGAAAGGAUGCGGCGGAGGAGUCGUGCUUACAUCUCUUGAAGGUUUCAAAAUUUAUCAAGCUUUGAUCUUUAAGUUCCAACCCACCAACAACGAAGCGGAGUAUGAAACACUCUUAGGCGGAGUACGGUUGGCUAGGCAGAUGAAGGCCGACCGACUGAGGUUACAGUCGGAUUCCCGGUUGGUGAUCGGUCAACUAUCUGGAACGAUCGAAGCGAAGGAGGAACGCAUGAUACAAUACAAGGACGUUGCCCUGGAGUUGUUACAACAGUUCGACAAGUAUGAGUUGAUCCAGGUGCCCAGAACGGAGAACAUAGACGCUGACAUGUUGUCCAAAUUGACACAGGAGGCCCCUGAGUACGUGUCUAAGAUCGCACGAAUUGAAGAGAUCGGGUCGCCGAGCAUUGAUGUUAUUGAGGUCCGACCGGUUGAGAUAAGCGAGCCAGAUUGGAUGUACGAUUUGAAAAAUUACAUUGCUAAUGACACCUUACCAGAUGACACCACCAGGGCGAAGAAGGUCAGACUGAGAGCACCACGCUUCCAAUUGAUCGAUGGCAAACUCUACAAGCGGUCGUAUGGCGGACCGCUCUUGAGGUGUCUGACCAACGAUGAGGCCAAGAUUGUGAUUGAGGAAGUUCAUGAAGGCAUUUGUUCGGCUCACCAAGGACCAAGGACGCUGGCGCAAAAAAUCAUCCUGCUAGGAUACUAUUGGCCCUCAAUCAACUUGGAUUGCGAACAGUACGUUCGGCGAUGCGCUACUUGUCAAGAAUUUCACCGAUUGCCCAGUCGACCAACCACAUAUUACCAACCGAUCAACAAGGUAAUACCCUUUGCAAGAUGGGGAGUUGAUUUGAUCGGAGCAUUCCCAAUGGCAGCCGGUCGGAAGAAAUAUGUGAUCGUGGCCAUUGAUUAUUUCACCAAGUGGGUAGAAGCAGAAGCACUAGCAACCAUCACUUCGCAGCAAUGCCAAAAGUUUCUCUGGGAAAAGUCNUUUCAAAUACUGAAGAAGUCUAAUGGGUUCGAAUGGACACCAGCAUGUCAAUCGGCGUUCGACGACCUGAAGGCCUACUUGAGUUCAUUACCAGUUUUGUCCAAGCCGGAGAAAGAUGAGACACUCUCCAUCUACAUGGCAGUUUCUAACCGGGCGGUCAGUUCAGUGCUCGUACGGGAGGAAACCAAGGGAGUCUAG